UCCACUUGCAAAGGAUUUGCGUUAGAGCUGUGCCGCUUUGUCGCUGUAUCGUUGUUCGUAUGCAAUGGUUACUUCAUAUCUAUCCUAUUUAGUUCGUUUGUGUUUCCGUUUGACAACCAACUAAAAUCGCUCCGAUUUUAUUGAAAUUGAAUUACAGUUUAAAACAAUAAGAAAAUUCCGGUAUAAAAAAAUCAACUAUUUGGAUUCUAAUAUAAAACUUUUCUUCAAUAUUUUUUAGUUUCUUUCUCGUUAAAACUUUCGAAGCAAAGACCAACAUUAUAAGUUUAAAUUAAUCAUUCGUUAAACGACAAGCAAAGUAAACAUAAAUCGUUUUCAAUUCCAGAGUGAUAUCACCCCAAAAUGCAGUUCGUACCACAAUUGCCUCAAACGAUUCAGCCGUGGAUGCAGGCAACAUAUCAAAACAUUCCAGUUCCAAAAUUGAGUGUUGGACCCAUCACUGCACCUAUUAAACUCCCCGAUGUGAUGCAGCAUUUCCAAAAUUUCGGUGAAAUUGAAUACUACCACCUUCGUCACGACCAGUGUUUCGAUUCGAUUAUCAUACAGUUCAAGAACGUAGAAGACAUUGGCUCAAUUCUGAGAAGACGUUAUCAUCGUAUCCAAAAGUACAUCAUGACAGUGGAGCCGGCAAGUGAACAACCCGUCGAAACCAGCAUUCUGCGAAAUCUGCUCAUGAAACAAACGCCUUUUCUCGAAUUGAACAACAGUCUCUUGGCGAAAAUUUUCGACCAUCUGAAUGUCAACGACCUUUAUGCAAUAGCCAACACUUGUACUCAUUUUGAGAAAAUUGGCCAGCAAAUUUUUUCGUCCAAAUUCAACAAAAUCACAUGGCGUGCCGGCGACAAGAAUGCAAUGAAAGUGUUUAAGACAUUCGGUCAUUUGAUUACACGUCUCGAUGUCGACGUCAUUGAACCGCAAAACGAUUUUUUGGAAUUUAUCGUUGAAAAUUGUGGCUAUAAACUGUCCCACUUGAGCUUGUGGAUGCAAAGCUACGAUCACAUUCAUUUGGCCGAAGGAACAACAAUGAAACUGAAAUUGCUAUUUUCUCAAUUGUAUCGUCUUGAUAUUUACUGUAACAAGCUGUUCGAUUUUGAAACGACAAGAGAGCUGCUUGCCGCGUGCCUUGAAUUGAGAUCGUUGGCACUCAAUUGCAUGACCGUCAUGAAUUUCGAAUUGAACAGACUGAGUGUACGGUUCCCAAAGUUGGAGGAGUUGAAAUUCUAUCUGAAUCAUGCUAUCGAUGACAAUGGUUUCGAGCUCCUACUGGCGUGCAACCCAAACAUUAAGAAGUUAUACUUGGACGAAUGUACGAAUUUAUCAGCCAAAGCCAUUGAAAUCAUUGGGCGUCGUUUACCGAAUCUGGAAGAACUUUCGUUGGGUUACCUACUGCAAAAACUUGCACCACAGCAAUUGCUACCACUCGGUGAACUCAGGCGAUUAAACAGCCUCAACAUUAUACUCGGACCAGCGCUACCGAUUAUCAAUGUGAUGCGUGCGAAUGGGGCUCGUAUCGAAAGUUUGAUGCUAUGGUAUGUGGACGUGAAUGAUGCAAUAAUCGAACGCAUUUUAAGCAUGCAAACGAUCCAAAAUUUGACAAUCUACAGCAAUGAACGCGGAAUGAACUUCAUUAGAGAUGAUCAUUUGGAAUGGUUGGCACAAAAUCUUCCCAGCUUAACUGUAAUGCGACUUGGGUACUCGGACCAAGUAACGAUCGAUGGAUUGAAAAAAUUUCUAUUUUACGCCAGAAGUCUUACACUUUUGGCUUUGACCAACCUAAAAAAUGUAACAGAAGCUAACAAAUACGAUUUGUUGGAUUGGGCUGGUCAACGACCACAUUUGAGAAUUGAUUUCGAUGUUGAAUAAAAUGUAACUACUUGAAAUCAUUCGAAAUUAUUUUUGUUG